AUGGGUUCAACUGCUAUACUCACCGAAAAUGAUGUUACGAUCACAGGUUUCGAAGUCAUUGAUUUGAGAUUUCCAACAAGCCUAGAUGGUGUCGGCUCAGAUGCUAUGCAUGUGGGAACAAAUGGGUCCCACCCAUACAUCCGAUUGAAGACCAACCAGGAUGACCUGAUAGGAGAAGGGAUUGCGUUUAGCAAUGGAAGAGGAAGUGAAUUGAUUUGUACGACACUUGAAAUUUUCGCGAAAAGAGUUGUUGGGAAGUCCAUGCACGUUUUGACCCGCAAUAUGGGUAAAACAUGGAGAUAUAUGGUAUCUGAUUCGCAAUACCGAUGGGUUGGGCCCGAAAAGAGUAUUACUCAUCUUGCUGUGGCAGUUGUGAAUUGUAUCGACUUCCGAUAUAUCACUGACGUGAUUACGCCGGAAGAAAGCAUUGAGCUUUUAAAGCGGACACAAAAAGACAAGGGUUCUCGCUUGCAGGAGGCAUUGGAGAACACGGCUGUUCCCGCUUAUACUACAUCCGCUGGCUGGCUAGCAUUCUCGGGCGACAAAAUGCGGAAAGUGUUGAAAGAAACCAUUGAAGCUGGAUAUGACACUUUCAAGUUCAAGGUCGGGACCAACAUUGAAUCGGACAGAGAAAGACUCUCAGCUGUCAGAGAUGUGCUAGGAUACGAUAAAGGUUACCAAAUUAUGAUUGAUGCGAAUCAAGUUUGGAGUGUGCCGGAGGCCAUCGAGUAUAUGAAGCACCUGGUCGAAUUCAAACCCGUCUUUAUCGAGGAACCUACAAACCCCGAUGAUGUACUUGGUCAUGCCACAAUCAGAAAGGCUCUGAAACCUUACGGAGUUGGCGUGGCAACAGGCGAAGCGGCCCAAAACCGCGUUACAUUCAAGCAGCUUCUUCAAGCAGAAGCCACAGAUGUUUGUCAAAUUGAUGCAGUGCGACUUGGUAGUGUCAAUGAGUGUUUGGCUGUUAUGAUUAUGGCACUGAAGUUCAAUGUCCCAUGUGUUCCUCAUAAUGGGGCAAUGGGACUAACAGAACUGACCUCUCAUUUGAGUACCAUUGAUUAUGUUGCAAUUAGUGGGCGAAAAUCCAUGCUGGAAUUUGCGGACAGUCACCGGGAAAGCUUGCGUCAUCCUUCAAAGAUCGAAAAUGCGCACUAUGUUACGCCCCUUGACCCAGGGUAUUCGACGGGUUAUACCGAUGAGGCCUUGGAAAAAGUACACCUACCCAAGAGGAAGCUUCUGGGCAAGUGA